UCCGGGCGAGGUGAGGAGGUGGGGCGGCGGCGGCGGCGACCGGGGAGCGGUGCAUUGUGGGGCCGCCGAGGGGGCGGGGGUGAGCAAGAUGGCGGCUCCCUCCCUCCUGAACUGGAGGCGGGUUUCCUCGUUCACGGGGCAGGUCCCCCGUGCCCGACACGGCCACCGGGCCGUGGCCAUCCGGGAGCUCAUGAUCAUCUUCGGCGGAGGCAACGAGGGCAUAGCGGAUGAACUGCACGUCUACAACACAGUUACAAACCAGUGGUUCCUGCCUGCUGUUAGAGGUGAUAUUCCUCCAGGCUGUGCUGCCCAUGGGUUUGUCUGUGAUGGCACCAGAAUCCUGGUCUUUGGAGGAAUGGUUGAAUAUGGAAGGUACAGCAAUGAGCUCUAUGAAUUACAGGCAAGCCGUUGGCUUUGGAAAAAAGUGAAACCUCGACCUCCUGCUACUGGUUUACCUCCUUGUCCUCGACUUGGGCAUAGCUUUUCUUUAUAUGGUAAUAAGUGUUAUUUAUUUGGUGGCCUGGCCAAUGAGAGUGAAGAUUCAAACAGUAACGUCCCCAGAUAUUUAAAUGACUUCUAUGAACUGGAGUUGCAGCAUGGGUCUGGCGUCGUGGGUUGGAGCAUUCCAGUGACCAAAGGGAUCAUGCCUUCCCCACGAGAAUCCCACACAGCCGUUAUAUAUUGCAGGAAAGAUUCAGGGAAUCCCAAAAUGUACAUUUUUGGUGGAAUGUGUGGUUCCCGACUUGAUGACUUAUGGCAACUUGAUCUAGAAACCAUGUCCUGGUCCCAACCAGAAACCAAAGGAUCUGUACCGCUCCCGAGAAGUCUUCACACAGCUAAUGUCAUAGGAAACAAGAUGUACAUUUUUGGUGGAUGGGUUCCACAAACCAUGAACAGCAUCGAAGCUUCUUCUCGGGACUGCGAAUGGCGGUGUACCAGCUCAUUUUCUUACCUAAAUUUGGAUACAGCAGAAUGGACAAGUUUAGUCUCCGAUUCUCAGGAAGACAAAAAGAAUUUACGGCCAAGACCAAGAGCUGGCCACUGUGCUGUUGCCAUCGGGACACGCCUCUACUUCUGGAGUGGAAGGGAUGGCUACAAAAAGGCCAUGAAUAACCAAGUUUGCUGCAAAGAUCUGUGGUACCUUGAUACUGAGAAACCACCAGCACCAUCACAAGUCCAGGUGAUCAAAGCUACUACAAACUCUUUCCAAGUGAAAUGGGAUGAAGUUCCUACUGUGGAAGGCUAUCUUCUUCAGCUGAACACAGACCUGCCGUACCUCACAGCGUCACCGGAUUCUCACACAAACUUGCCAGGAAUCCAAGCAAGUUUCCCCAGACAAGCCAGUAAUAACACUGUUCCCAACAACAUGCCAGUCUCUCUCUUGUCUCAAGAAUUGUUAAAGCUAGAAGACACGGGAAAUAGUACAGAAUCUGACCACAUAAUCAUGAAAGGAACUGCGGUAAAAAGCCAAUCGGAUCUUAAAGAAAUGGAGUCCAACACUUCUUCUCUCCCAUCCUUUGCUUUGGCGACUAAUGUGGCAGAUGGUAGCUGUUCAGCAAAGGUGCUCAAGAAAAAUGAAGGUGCUCAAACUUCAAUGAAUGUCAGUGAGUCAUAUGGUCUGGAUUUAAGGACAGUAAAUCCUGAAACUGCUGCAGCCAGUGCCAUUUCUGGUGUUCGUGCCAUGGUACCCCAUCGGGUCAUUAAAACAGAGUCAUCCAGUACAAACGGAGCAGUCAUUAAAGACGAAACAUCGCUAACAGCAUUCAGUGCAAAAUCAGAAGCUGAUGAAGCCUUCAUGCAACCCACAACUAAGGUCAGCUCUGCCGAAACCCAAGACUCUGCUAUUCCGUUAUCAAAAGAUACGCCUUCAAAGCCAACGACCCUAGAAAAAAGAGGAGAAAGACAGUGGUGUGAUGUGGGGAUCUUCAAAAACAACACUGCUCUGGUCAACCAGUUCUACUUGCUGCCAAAAGGAAAGCAAAAUAUCUCGAAGGUAGGAAAUACAGAUGUCCCAGACUACAGUUUACUUAAGAAACAAGAUCUUGUUCCAGGCACAGUGUACAGAUUCAGGAUCGCUGCAAUCAAUGGCUGUGGGAUAGGCCCUUUCAGCAAAAUCAGUGAAUUUAAAACUUGUAUCCCUGGUUUUCCUGGGGCACCUUGUGCUGUCAGAAUCUCAAAGAAUGUGGACUGUAUCCACCUUUCCUGGGAACCUCCAGCUUCACCCUCUGGAAAUAUUUUGGAAUAUUCUGCCUACUUAGCUAUUCGUACAGCACAGGUGCCAGAUAAUCCAAGUCAGCCCAUGUUCAUGCGGAUUUAUUGUGGCCUGAAAACUUCCUGCGUAGUAACUGCGGGGCAGCUCGCCAAUGCACAUGUUGAUUACACCUCCAGGCCUGCCAUUGUGUUCAGAAUAUCAGCCAAGAAUGAAAAGGGAUAUGGACCGGCUACCCAGGUUCGAUGGCUUCAAGAAAGGAAGGAGUCAAGUUCAAAGUAGAAGAUGCACCUUAAUGGGAGAGAAGUUUUGACAAAGUAUUUUAAACAUUUGUAAGAUUUUGUAAAUGUCCUAAAUGUUUUAUUUUUGCAUUGUUUUUUAACCUUGAAAUUGUACACACAUUUUUUACAUCUUAAAUAUAAGCAUCGGACAGCCUUACUCAGGUGUGAUUCCAUCCUUUGGUAGGUAGGGAGGUGUUACGAGGCUCCAGGGCGCUUGUCUGUAGCCGUUGUUAGUGAUUUCAUAGAACCACUUCCUGUUCACCUCGGAAAUCGACAUUGAGCAAUAAUUGCAGUGCGGAUGUCCAGAAUGAAGAACCACCCAGGACUGUUUGCAAUCAUUUUUUUAUGCCAUUUAGGGUGAGUAGGGGAUGUCUUAACUUAAUGCACAGUUUCCAUUGGACAAAUUGAAUGAAUUGAUGUAUGUAUGUUCCAACGACUAAUUUAAGAUGUAUAGAAUAUUUUAAUAUAUAACUUUUGUAAAGAAUCGGGAUUUUUAUACUACAGUAUUUGUAAUGAAUGUGUCUUACCAAGGUUUUCCUGAAGAAAUAUGCAAAAUCUUCGACACUCCAAAUGAGAGACCCUGAACUCUAAGGCAAAAUAAAUGCACUACUCUUGUGUUAGGUAACCUUGGCCUUUUUUGGGGGGAGGGGGAUGGAUGGUAGAUGAGAUGUAUGAAUUUUUAGACCUAUAUCUUAAAAACAAUGUUUACAAUGAGCUUCUCCGGCCUGCCAGCUCUGCCCCUCCUGACUCCGAGAGCUGCCAGCAGCCACAUUUAUUUAACCUGUAUGCAUUGCUUUGGGCAUACGCUUGCUUUUUGCACUGGUAGAAUUUUAACUUACCUCAUUAUUAUGUUCGUAAUCAUUUUUGUAUGGCUUCCAUAACGUGUCUGAAAUACUUAGACUAAAUAAAUAUUUAACCAAAGUUUGAAAUAAAAUGGUAAGCAAUUUUGCACAUAUUAAAUGCCAAGGGAUCCUGUACGUGUGCUUUCGUGACUUUUUUUUCCCAAGCUGGGGGAUUGGCUAUAAAGUCAUAAGCAAGUGUUUCAGGCAUGGUUAUUUUUAAGGACUUACUUGUAUUAUUUCAAUAAUCCUCAGCUAACACCAGCUUUUUUGGAAAAUCCUUUUAGUCUGCAUUAAUUGGUUGGUAGAUUUAUAAAGCACUUCUCACUGACAGGAGUUAAUUGAUCUCUAGCUUAGACUGUUUCUUUGAUGGGUGUAAGUAUUUAGUACCUAGCUUUCUCCAUGCUAAGCUUAGCAGUGAAUUUGCACCUCAAUUCUAAAAAAGGGGUUCUGAUAUUGGAGAGUGAGAGGCAGAUCUACAUGAAGAAUGUUAUGAGUGGAAUAAGCCUUCCAGAUUUCAAAAAAAUUAUCUAGACAUUCAUACAUUCUUUGUGAUGAUCUCAGAGGAAAUAUUCUGGUGAGGUGACAGCUGCAGUGGGGACAUUCCUAACUUUGCCAUUUUGCUAAUGACUGAUCGGAGGCUUCUGUUGAUAAACAGCUGGAGGGAACUUGGAGGGGGAGGGAUGCAGUGAAGAGAGCCCUGAGCCUGGAGGCAGGAAGAUCUGAGUUCAAAUCUAGCCUCGGACAUUUACUAGCUGUGUGACCCUAAGCAAGUCACCUGCCUCAGUUUUUUUCAACUGUAAAAUGGUAAUGAUUUCCUGCCUCACAGGGUUGUUAUGAGGUUCAGAUGAGAUAAUAUUUGUAAAACAGCUUAGCACUAUGCCUGGCACCUAAUAGAUACCAUAUGAACCUUUAUUCCUUCCCCCUAAGCACCCAUGGCUUCUCUCUAAUGGAAUAGUUCUUUCAAGAAUCCCCAUGUAUUCCUUUUGGGGAUAAUCUGCAGACAGAAUUUUCUAUAACCUUAUCUGCAGUAAGCUAUGUUGCCUUUUUCCUCCCUUCCCAGCUCUAUAAGCAAAUUUAAUUGUAGUAAUAUCAUAGAACAUCAUCCAUAUCUUCUUGCUUGGUAAUCUCAGCCCACUGUGUUAGGUAGUGAAUUCCUGGUGCUAUGUGCUCUCCGAGUAUGUUUUCAGAAUAUUGUUCUUUUCCUAUUUAAUUAGUUUUGUUGGCAAUUGAGGAGGGGGAAACUUGGAAACUAUUUGUUUUUUAAAAACAUAGUUAAUUCUGACUGCAUGUAGAGAAGCUCCCAUUAUUCAUUCAUCAAACCCAACUGGAAAAAGGGGAACGUGUAAAUCUAUUUUUUUUUUCAGCUGUUGUUAAGAAUCUUCUCAUUAAAGUCAUAGGCUCUACAAUGCCAAGGUUAAUUUUAAUCAUUGCAGAAUUUUACAAUUAAAAGCUAUUUAUAUCAUUAGAAAUUCUCUCAUUGUUGCUAUUGAAAAUAGCUUGUGCUCCAAUCAUAAACAGUUUUAUUUUAAUAGACUUUGUCUGUGAUUUAAUUGCCUUGUGGAGUUUCCAAGACUAUUUUAGGCCAUUCCCAUGUAAUGUGUAUUCAUUGAUCUGUAAAACAAAGCACUUUUUUUAACCAUUAAAUAUUUAAAAACAAA